AUGCUGGAUAUCUUCCGGGGUCUCAAGAACCUCAUCAAAGUCACCUACGUGCACAUCGACUCGCCCGUGUUCCGCCUGCACUACAGCAUCACCGCCAUGAUCCUGAUCGCGUUCAGCCUCAUCGUGACGACGCGCCAGUACGUGGGCAACCCCAUCGACUGCAUCCACACCAAGGACGUGCCCGAGGACGUGCUCAACACCUUCUGCUGGAUCCACUCCACCUACACCAUCAAGUCCGCGUUCAACAAGACGGUGGGCGUGGAGGUGCCGCACAAGGGCAUCGACAACUCCAAGGCCAAGGCGGAGGACAAGAAGUGCUACAUGUACUACCAGUGGGUCUGCUUCUGCCUCUUCUUUCAGGUAGGUGUUGUCCGGCCUGAAUGCGGUAAGUGGGUCGUGGUCUUGACCCAUCGUGGGUGGUAG